CCCAAAACAAACCCUUCUGUCACGGAGUUGGAAACACAAAACACCAAAGAACUUCUCCACUUCACUGCACUGAUUAUAUAAGCUAACAUGCUAGCUAGCUUUGCUUAUGUAAAACAUGACAGUGACAGCAAUAGAUUUAGAUAAGUAAAGAAAAGAAUACGACUGUAAAUCUCAUGGCUAAUGGAGAACUACUUUCAAAACUUCAUUGGACAUUGACAGUCAUUUACAAUAGAUGCCUUAAAAUGGAGAAGCCCCAGUGAUGAUGGAGGAACAGAAGAGCCCAGUGAAGGAGGAGAGCUCCAGAGAACGAGGCCUGCUCCACUUAUGGAGAGGCUACUGCAGUAGUGUUACCCCGGAACGGGUGCUUCUGUCCCGGCCAGUCCUCCAGGCUGCCCUUGGCAUCAGCCAUGGUAUCCUCCUGGCCGAAGGUGGGCUGGUGUACAGCUUCGGCGACCUGACGUGGAGGCAGGGCUUGAGGGUCCCACCUACUUACCCUCUCCUUGAGUCUGUCCUCUCUGGUCAAUGUGUUUCGUCUGUAGCUGCAGGCUCCUUCCACUGCGGCGCCGUCACACAGGAAGGAGCUGUGUACAUGUGGGGUGAGAACUCCUCGGGGCAGUGUGGUCUGUCAGAGAGAGGCCUGGUCCCAGAUCCUAGCCUCGUCAGUAUGGUGGAUUCUGAGACGGUCCCUCCGCAGAUCAUCAGGAUCCUGGAGGUAACCUGUGGGGAGCAGCACACUCUGGCUCUGUCUGCCCAGCACGAGGUGUGGGCCUGGGGCAGCGGCUGCCAGCUGGGCCUGGUCAACAGUGUGUUCCCUGUGUGGAGACCCCAGCAAGUGGAGCACCUGGCUGGGAGGCACGUAGUUCAGGUGGCGUGUGGAGGAUACCACAGCCUGGCCGUGGUACGACGCUUCCCUGCACAAGACUCUCAGUUCAGCCGGCCGACAGCUACUGAAAAGUGUGACCAGUGCAACCAGCUGCUCUUCUCUGUGGUGGAUAAAGAGGACCGUGUUAUUAUCAACGACGGCCACUAUUGCCCCCUAGGGAUUGAGUUGGCUGAUAACAAACCAGGAAGCUGCUCGAGAUCUAGACAGGCCUCCCCGUCUAGACAGGCCUCCCCGUCUAGACAGGCCUCCCCGUCUAGACAGGCCUCCCCGUCUAGACAGGCCUCUCUAGCCCAGAGACACAGAGCCUCAGCCUACGCACUCUCUCAGGCAGUCAGCCCUGAUCCGGGCCUUGACCCAGACCCCAUUAUAGGUCCAGAACAUCUAUUUUCUGGCGACACAGACGGCUCUCUCAGAGAGUUUAGCUCCAAAGAACAAGCUAACCAACAGGAUACUGGUACCUUUGACCCUGAAAGACAAGGCCCUGAGACUCUGACAGAGACGGACAGCAACUCGACUCUAACACGGGCGAGGAGGAAGACAACAUCUUCGACCGCUGAGAAGGAAGCGAAGGAAUACCCCGAGGGAACGUCUGAUCGCGUCCUGAGCCCGUCUGAACAGAACGACAAUGACAUCGCAGGGAAUCCAAUCACCUUAGCCAGUCAGACAACAGGGGAUUCGCUCACCUUAGCCAAUCAUAGCUCAGGAGAUCUACUCACCUUGGUAAGUCAUGUCCCAGGACAGUACCUAAACGGUAACCUACCUGAUCGAGACCGGCCUUCUACCUUGACAUCACGUCUUCCUACAGACGACACCACCGUGGAAUCCAAGCUAUCAUCUUCCCUACCGGAGAACUACAGGGUUGCCUCAGUGCCGAAACAUACCUUAGCGUUAACGGGCCGUUUUUCUGCUGCUGCCUCGGCCUCACCCUCCACCAGCAGCCUCUGUGACUCAUCGGAGAGCGAAGGGUGUGUCCCAGCCGCAGGGCUGUGCAAGGCUCGGUCUGGGCCUGUCAUGGCAUACAGGAAGACCAACCAGGAAGUGCGUCUCUGUACGGAGGAGGACUCCUUUCAAGGGAAGAAAUGCUCCAGUCUGACUGAUAUCCUGCUAGAGGAGGUCACGGAGGGGAAUAGACGGCACUCGCUACCUCCUCUCCUCUCUCAUGCAUCCCCUGAGCUACCCGGCAGGAGGACCGCUCGCUCCAGACCCAAUGUGCCCAGGAAGGAGGAAGUAGUGGAGUCUUUGCCCUCCCUGAACACAGAGGUGUGGAGCUGGGGCAGGGGGCAAGAAGGACAGCUGGGCCACAGAGACCAGCUACCCAGGCUCCAGCCGUUUUGCAUCGAGAGCCUGAACAAAGAGGAGGUAGUGAAGGUAGCGGCAGGAACACACCACUCCCUGGCCCUUACUGCACAGUGUCAGGUGUUUUCGUGGGGCAGCAACAGAUCCGGCCAGUUGGGACACAUGAACAGCCCCACUACCAUGCCUCAAAAGGCCAAGAUGUCAGAGGGUCUGCGUGUGUUUGACCUGGCAGCAGGGCAGAGCCACAGUGUGUUCCUGGCUGAUGGUGACUGCUGCCAGCCCAUCCUCUUUUACAGCGGUCAACAGAUGAUGGAGACCAUACCUGAGAAACACAUACCUGGGACAGGGUCAACUGAGAGCUCUCCCUCUAUGACUGACACUUAUACCCUCAGACCUGUCCUACUGCCCUUCUGUAUGAACAUGGGCUACAUCAGCAGUGUGUAUGGCGGAGGACAGUCCUGUCUAGCCCAGGCUGACCUCAACGUGAUGGGGUUCAUCUCUGCUCUCCACGAGCUGGCUGCAGCAGACAGGAAGUUCUACUGCAGGCUCAGAGACGUCAAGAAGCGGGUGGUCAGGCCUCUACUGAAGAAAGAGUCUGUGUGCACGGUGUUGGGCCCAACGUCCACCCUGCUGUUCCAGUCCCUGGCUAGUUGCUACAGCAGGCUGUGUCACCUGACAGGACAACACUCCGUCUCCCUUACAGCCUUCCUCCGUACUGACCGGGAUGUCAAGGGACUGGUUAUCCUGAAACACGCUAACACAUUCCUGGACAUGUAUCAAGAGUACUGUGGCUCAGUGGGUAAUUUCCUGGUUAUGGGGGGAUUCCAAGCCCUCAUGAAGCCCUCUGUGGAGUGUUUUGGUAAGAAGCUGGAGGUUUUGCGUCAGCUGUCAGAGUCCAGUGAAGACAAGGUUCCUCUGUUUGACCUGUUGGUGACGCUGUUCUACUCUCCUAUACAACACGUCCGCGAGUACGGCAGGCUGCUGCUCAAACUGGCCACCUGUUUCGAUGUGAGUACAGUGGAAUACCAGAGGCUGCAGGAGGGCUGCUCCAGGUAUGAGGCACUGUCUCGCAGCCUGAGGAGGAAGAGGAAGGAGGCAGAGACAACUAACCAGUUCUGGAGGACAUAUUCUGGGAAGACGACGGAUGCUCUUCGUCAGCCCCUGCGCAGGCUGGUGGAAGAGAGUAGCAACAAGAGCCUGACCCUCCAGAACGCCGGAAGGUUCUCUGUUAACUGGUUUAUCCUGUUCAACGACGCUCUGAUUCAUGCUCAGUUUUCAUCUCAUCAUGUCUACUUCCUGGCCACUCUCUGGGUGGAACCAAUCACUGACAUCACUGCCAGCAGCAACCUGUAUGGAAUUAAGGUGACAACUCCAGAGGAGAGCUUUACUCUGCUAGCAUCCUCACCUCAGGAGAAGGCUAAGUGGCUAAGGGCUAUUAACCAGGCUGUGGAGGCGGUGUUGACUGGGAAGGGGAACGGUCCUGGGGUCCCCGCUGUCUCUCGUACCGCCUCCUACAUCUUUUGCAAAGACCUCCGUCUGAAGGAUGCCUCCUACUCAGGCCGCUGGCUGUCUGGCAAGCCCCACGGCAAAGGGACCAUGAAAUGGCCAGAUGGCAGAAAGUUCACGGGGACGUUUAAACAAGGACUGGAGGACGGCUAUGGAGACUGUAUCAUGCCAAACAAGCUCCUCAAUAAAACUGAUCGUUACCAGGGCCACUGGAGAGAUGGGAAGAUGCAUGGCUUUGGGACGUACAAGUAUGCUACAGGUCAGGUGUAUGAGGGAUCCUUCCAUGAGAACGUCCGUCAGGGCCAUGGGAUGCUGAGCUCUGGGAAGCUGAUUGGCUCUUCUUCCAGUGUGUUCGUUGGCCAGUGGCUUCAAGACAAGAAGAUGGGAUAUGGAGUCCUUGAUGACAUCACUAGAGGAGAGAAGUACAUGGGGCUGUGGGUUGAUGACCAGCGUCAGGGCAGUGGAGUGGUAGUCACUCAGUUUGGUCUUUACUAUGAAGGGACCUUCAGUAACAACAAGAUGAUGGGUACUGGUCUACUAGUAUCUGAUGAUGACACAGCGUUUGAGGGAGAGUUCUCAGAAGACUGGACCCCUAAUGGCAAGGGUACCCUGUCCAUGUCCAACGGAGACUACGUAGAGGGUCAGUUUAAUGGAGAGUGGAGCUCAGGGCUGAAGAUCAUGGGGACCUACAUGAAGCCUGACCUUUCUGAACCUGACAAGAAGAUAUCAGCCUGGGUGCUUGAGGUGGGCCGUCUAUCCGUAUCCCCAGAGCAGAAGUGGAAGGCAGUGUUCUCAGAGUGUUGGAGCAGGCUGGGCUGUGAGGACCCGGGAAAGCCUGAGGAGAGCAUGAGGGCCUGGGACAAUAUAGCUGUUACACUCACCACAGGACGCAGAGACAGUCCAGAGCUGCUGAGCAGGUCUCAGAGUAGAGUCCUGGAGAAGCUGGAGGUGAUUCCUCAACACACAGGUCCGAUUACUGCUGGGAGGUAUGAGGUCAUCCGAAGAUACCUCACCAAGGCCUGUGAGACUCCCCUCCACCCUCUGGGAGGGUUAGUAGAGACCGUAGUGACCGUGUACAGGAUGACCUAUAUCGGGGUAGGAUCUAACAGACGGUUGCUACGACAGGCUGUGGAAGAGAUCAAGUCCUACCUCAGACGGAUCUUCCAGCUGGUCAGGUUUCUGUUCCCUGACCUCCCUGAUGAGGGAGGUGUUAUUCACGCUGACCACAAAGGAUCCUCAGAGACAAACCAGCAAGGCUUGGUGGUGAGUAGCUCCACUCUACUACUACCAGUCCUGCUGCCCAGGCUGUACCCUCCACUGUUCACCCUGUAUGCCCUGGACAAGGAGAGAGAGGAGGAGGUGUACUGGGACUGUGUCCUGAGGCUCAACAAACAGCCUGACCUGGGCCUGCUGGCCUUCCUGGGGGUCCUACAGAAGUUCUGGCCUGUCUCCAUCUCUGUGUUGGGAGAGAAGCAACAGGUCCUUCCCAGCACCAAAGAUGCUUGCUUUGCUUCUGCAGUGGAGACUUUACAACAGAUCAGCACCACCUUCACCCCGUCAGACAAGCUGCAGGUGAUCAAGCGUACCUUUGAGGAGCUGACUCAGGAAGUACAAGCCCUGCUAGAGGGGAACUUCCUGUUGUCCAUGGAUGACCUCUUACCUCUCUUCCUCUACGUGGUGCUUAGAGCACGGAUGAGGAACCUGGCUGCUGAGGUGAGUUUGAUAGAAGAUCUAAUGGAUCCCUCUCUGCAGCACGGAGAACUGGGACACAUGUUCACCACACUCAAGGCUUGCUGUUUUCAGAUCCAACAGGAGAAGACGACAUAAGGAAGAGGAUGUGUGUGUACUGCCUGCUACAACGGAGGUCGACGGAGGGUCCCUAUUUUUCAUACCGUCGACUCCAGACGACCAGAUAAUCCGUCUAUAGAUGGAUUAUCCCGGGCUAAAGACAUGAUUCUUGUUUUUUAACCAUUAUUUAUACAGGGAAGUCCCGUUGAGACCGACGUCUCUUUUGCAAAGUACACAAAAAGGAAUUUGUGAAACAAUUCUAACAAUCAAAGGCCGGCGCAAGAGAAAUACAAUUAUAAAAAUUGUAUACUAAAUGUUUAAGAGAUACAGUGAAUAGAGAGUUCUAGAUUUCAGGUACUGCUGCCUCAUGACAAAGGGAACUUGCAUGCAACCACCCUGAGAAGAUUGAAGAAUCACAGCCUUUUUUUGUUUAAUCCUGACUAUCUUUAAUCCUGACUGACUAUCUUUAAUCCUGAAUAUCAUUAAUCCUGACUGACUAUCUUUAAUCCUGACUGACUAUCUUUAAUCCUGACUGACUAUCUUUAAUCCUGAAUAUCUUUAAUCUUGACUGACUAUCUUUAAUCCUGAAUAUCUUUAAUCCUGACUGACUAUAUUUAAUCCUGAUUGACUAUCUUUAAACCUGUUUAUCUUUAAUCCUGACGGUCUUCUAUCCUGACUAGGGUUGCACUUUUUGGGGAAUAUUCAGAGGUGGAAACUUUACGUGGGAAUUAAUGGGAAAAUAUGGGAAUUAAUGAAAAUAUAUGCACAUUUAAUAUUAA